AUGCAGAUUUCUAUCAAAACAGUCGAAGGAAAGAGCAUAAACCUAGACGUAGACGAUAGCUCCGACACCAUCGACCUAAAAAUCCAUGGACUGACCCGAGAAAUGAUCAUUCGUUUGGAUUCGGAUCAAGUCCUUCGGAUUUUUGUAUUGACUCUAGCUGGGAAAGUAUCAAACCUAGAAGUGGAAAAGAACGAGACCAUUGAAAACGUCAUGACCAAGAUCCAUGAAAAGGGAGGUCCACCAGUUGACAAGCAGAAGCUGAUCUUUAAAGGCAUACAACUUGAGAAAGGUCGCACCAUGGCUUAUUACAAAAUCAAGACGGAUUCAACCCUAGUCAUAGUGCCACGCUAA